CGUCUCAGCAGGCGCAUGCGCAGACCGGCUGCAGCGUCUCAGCGGUGACUAGCUAGUUUCUUCCCCGUCUUUUGGUCCCUUCAGACCGGACUGUUGUCGCUCAUCUGCCGCUCCACCGUGAGUCGUUUCUACCGAGCGGGAUUAACGUGACCGAGGCGUGAAGGACCAUGCCUAAGAAUAAAGGAAAGGGAGGAAAGAAUCGGCGACGUGGAAAGAACGAGAAUGAGUCCGAGAAGAGAGAGCUGGUGUUCAAAGAGGACGGACAGGAAUACGCUCAGGUGAUUAAGAUGCUGGGUAACGGGCGUCUGGAGGCCAUGUGCUUCGACGGGACCAAGCGGCUUUGCCACAUCAGAGGAAAACUCCGGAAAAAGGUUUGGAUUAACACGUCGGACAUCAUCCUAGUCGGGCUGAGAGAUUACCAGGACAACAAAGCUGACGUCAUCCUGAAGUACAACGCAGACGAGGCUCGUAGUUUGAAAGCGUACGGAGAGCUGCCCGAGCACGCCAAAAUCAACGAGACAGACACCUUCGGGCCCGGAGACGAUGAUGAGAUCCAGUUUGAUGACAUUGGCGACGAUGAUGAGGACAUUGAUGAUAUCUAAAGACCUGCUACUGGAGGAGGGAAGGUUGGAUUUUACUAGAGAUGCUCCGAUUGGAAUAUUUUGAGCCGAUACAACGCACCGAUACCGAAUCUUUUUUUUAGAUCAGCCUAUGCCAAUCCAAUACAGUUAAUUAAAACGUUUCAAUCUAUUCCAGUUUGUUCACCAUCAGUAGACGUCUUUGUUGUUGUUGUUCUUUUUGGAGAAGUGCAUUUCAAGAACGAGGGGGAAGGAAAAGAGACGACAGCUGUGCUUUGAGUUUAUCGUUGACAUGAAUGAGAAUGAGACGCUGCUUUAGUACGAGUUUGGAUCGGAGGAUCAUGAGUAGGCUGAUCAACAGCAUCUUAUUUAGGUUGAACAUCUGGAUGCGUUACUAGAUUUUCACCUUUUAUUUUGUAUUUCUUUUUUGCUUCUAACAUCAACAAAAUACAUUCACUUUUUUCUCUCCAAGAAACACGUUUAAUCUAGAGGAUAAAAUGCGUCAUCUUUUUAACAAAUGUAUUUAUAUUGAUUUCACACUGUUGUGUGAACUUAGCAACAAGUACAGAAUCUCCGGGUUCGUCAAUAAAAAGAUAAACCAUU